AUGAGCUCCAAAUCAAAGAAGCGCUCACGCGCAACCGUCGAGGACAGGCGUGCCGACUGUCCCUUUGUGGCCACCACGGUACCGACACCGACCCCACGAGACGAAAAGGGCCACAAGGAAGCAAAGAGACGCAAGGGCGACAAGGCCGGCGGCGAUAAGCCCUUCUUCCAGAUAUCGCCGUUUGAGCCGGCCGGCAAAUUUCGCUCGCGCGAAUCUAUGGAUACCCACUACCACAUUAACGAGCGCAAGAGAUGGACGGAAAUGACAAAAUACAUGAGCUUCGUCUUAAGCGGCACCAAGUACUACAGCGACCAGUUUAUUUUUGUGGCAAACGACGAUGCCCUCGAACGCCAAAAGUCGGGCAAGCUACACAAAGAGCAAAUCGGGCCAGGCGACUUUUGGGUGGCACGCAUCCUCGAGAUAAGAGCCUCUGAUGAGCACCACGUUUACGCCAGAGUAUUUUGGAUGUACUCUCCGGACGAGCUGCCAGCAGCCACCGUGUCGGGCAAAAAGACGCCCGCUGGUCGGCAGCCACAUCAUGGAAUCAAUGAACUCAUUGCUUCAAAUCAUAUGGAUAUCAUCAACGUCAUGAGCGUGGUCCAACACGCUCGUGUCAACCAGUGGAUCGAGUCAGACGAUGAAACACAGGACGCCAUGUAUUGGCGACAAGCCUUGGAGUGCCAGACGAUGCAGCUUUCAACCAUUGAUCUGGUAUGCCGUUGCCAAACGCCCGCCAAUCCCGACAAAACCCUUGUAGGGUGCACGAAUGGCGACUGCGGAAAAUGGCUGCACCUCGAAUGCCUGCGCGAAGAUGUGCUCAAACGGGUCUAUGACCGCCUGGGCACCGACAAGCCCCAUAUCCCCGAACCACCGGCCGUUAAGAAGGAAGAGGAAGAUGCUGUCAAGAGAGAGUCGCCACAAGAGCCGCUAAGUCCGCCCAAGGUAGAGGAUGAACAGCCACAAGCCACGAUUGCUGUCCACGAAGAUGCCAUUACCGAUGCGGUCGUCAAGCAGUCAGACGAGGACACGCCGAAGCCAGCGGGGCCGACGGCCCCAACAGCACAGUCACCCCCGCCGGAGAGACCGCCUGAUAACAAAAGUCUUGUCAGGAAAAAGACGGCCAAAAGGCGCCUGCCAAGCUCUCAACAUUGGCUUGAGAGUUUUAAGGCUGACUUGCGCAUGAAUAACGGGCCCAUGGUGUGGGAAAUAAAUGACCUACGACAAGACGUGACUCGUGGGAGCAAGACCUGGACCGAGCCCGCAAUUUGUUUACUUUGCAACCACACGAUUGAAUAA